AUGUCCAAGGAUACGACGCUUGAGUUAGGCCCUCUUGAUAAGGAUGAUGAAAAGCGCCUGUCAGGGCCUCUGGAAGGCUCGACCCUGCACAAAGAUCGUCAUCGUCCUCGCCACGUGCAUAUUAAUGGCCAAAAUAACAACCCACAACAGGUAGCCAUCGGUGCAGUGAUUGCUUCUCAGAUCGCCUCGCUGGUUCUCAUCGGCCUUCUUUACCCUCGUCUUUAUUCAAUCUCUCCCUUUGGUAGCUCUGCAAUCGUAUCGACCCUGCUGUGCGGGUUCUCCCAGGGUUUGCUACAACUUAUUGUGCACCGAAGGCUGAACCCAUCCGCGCUACUCAAAUUUUACUGCUGGGGUAUUAUUAACGGGCUUUGGACCAAAUGGUGGACAAGUUCGCUCUCGGUGAUCGUACCAAGCAUUCCACUGCGUAUUUUCUGCGACCAAGCCAUUGGAAAUCCUACAAACUUGCUUAUCUUUCUUUCGUUUGUGUCUUAUUGGGAUGGCCGUGAAAUCGAAACAUACUUCCAUCAGACAUAUUUCAAAAUGCUCAAGACAAGCUACAUCAUUUGGCCUUUUGUAUCUACAAUUCAGUUUUAUUUGCUAGAUCCACGUCUUAUUGUGCCUUUCUGCAGUGUUGUAAACGUUUUUUGGACUGUCAUUCUAGGCAUAAUUACGGGAUAA